GUAGAUCCUAGCCAAUUAAUGUGAGAGUGAGAAAUCUCUUAGCGACCGACGGACGACGGACGAUACGCGUGGCAUUGAGCGUUGAUCGGAUUGUCGUGUGUGGAUGUGAAGGUCAGUCCUGAAGGCCACUCAGUCAGUUCCCUCUUCCUUCCUAGUGUCAGUCGCUCUCUUAAACCUCCCUCCCUCCCUAACCUUCCUUGGUACCAAACGACGGGCAACACACAGACAGACAUCGUGCAAGGCAGGCUCUUCACCCGCCACCCACAGACAUGCUGCCCACUUAGCCAAUUACCUGGCGCACACAGACACAUUGACAGACACAUCAAGAUGGAUGGAUGGAUGGACGGGUGAAUGGUGGGGGUGAGUGGGUCGGUGGACGGGAGAAAAACGAUGGGGCUGGCUGGAUGAAAGAACAUCAUGACUCACACAGACACACAGGCGGCCACACUGAUGCACGCACGGAUGGAGGCAGACAGACCUGUUUCUUAGACGGACGGACGGCAACAAAGCAAAACGGUAGACAGACAGACAGACCAUGGCUGGAUGUGUGUGGCAUGCAGAGCAGUCAAGUAGGGAGGGAGUCCGGGUGUCUUGUCGAACAUCGGUGUUGGCUGCCUGGCUGCACCCUCCCUCUCCAUCCAUCCAUCCCUCAAUCAUCACUUGUGGUCUGGCUGCUGGUUGAGUCAGUUCUUGCCCUUGCCGCCCUUGCCACCAACCUUGGCUGAAAGCCAAACACGCACACACAAAGAGACAGGGAAGCCGUAAGACGUUCGCACGCUUCGCUGUCCGUCUGUCCGUCUGGCUGUCUGUCUGUCUGUCUGUCUGUGUCCAUACCUUUCUUAGAAGAUCCUUCCUGUGCGGCGGAUGAUGCGCGUUUGCCGCCCUGUUUGGCCUUUGGCUUGGGCUUGGCGCCCUGCUUGGCCUUCGGCACUGCUUUGCCUACACUCACACACAACACACGAGACACGAGACGCCAACCGCAGAGACCAAUGUAUUGAUGUGGACGCGCGUGGCCUCACUGACUCGCCCACCCUUGCCGGCAGACUUGUCGCCCUCCUCGCCCUCGCCCUCCUCAUCCUCCUCAUCCUCAUCCUCUUCUUCGUCGUCCUCCUCCCCAGCUGAUGUCCAAAUCACAAACACACAUAGACACCACACACAGACGGACAGGGCAAUGUGCUUUGGGCAUUCAGUCAGUCGGUUGCCGCGUCAGCUCGUCUAUCUACCCUUUGCGAGUUCCUCGUCGAUCUCGGCGUCUGUCAUACCAAACUUGCGCAGCUGGGCGCGGAGCGCUGGCAGAAACAAUCACGCACACACACACACACACACACACGUGUGUGAUUCAAUGCUGGUCCACGUGUGUGUGUGUGGUUGCUGCCUCACCCUCCUCGUCCUGAACGUCGUCAUCAUCGUCUUCCUCGUCAUCAUCCUCAUCCCCGCCAGCCACCACCAUGUCGGCCGCUGAUACACACACACAUACACACAUGGAUGGCAUGUUGUCGUGUGAUGUCACCCACUGACUGACCUUUCGCCUUGGCCUUGGCCUUGGCCAUGGCCUUCGUUGCGGCGACCUUGGCCUUUGGCUUGGGUGCAGCCUUGGACUUGGCCUUGGCCUUGGCCUUGGCCUUGGCAGCAGCAUCCACCAACAUCGGAGCUGAUACCAUUCCACCCGACAACACCCACAAUAGAACAGGGAGAGAGUGAAUCCACGCAUUGCAUUCCACAUCGUUUGUUUGUUUCUGUCUGUCUGUCUGUCUGCGUGGAAGCUCUUACCUUCCUCCUCGUCCUCUUCUUCAUCCUCGUCCUCGUCGUGAAGGGCACGCUGCCGCUGACACACACACACACACACACACACACGCAGACAGAGAGAGAGAGAGAGCGAGCCGUCCACACCACCCACCCUCCCACCAAAUGUGCCAGUGCCCUCACAGCGCUGAUGUUGCCCAUGAGUUCGUCCUCGUCUUCAUCCUCAUCCUCGUCGAAUUCGUCGAAGUCCGGCUCGUAGUAGCCCGUCACGUGCACCGGCACCUUGCCGCUCACCGUCAGGCUCAACUCGCGCAUGCCCACGUCCAAAAACAGGUCGAACGACGUCGACUCACACUGAAAGAAGAUAUGACCAGGGAGAGAGGGAGGGAGAAAUGUGAUGUGAAAGGGGUUGCUGGUGGACGGACGUACCUUGCCCUUCUCGAGGCUGCAGACGUUGUACUUGACCUGGUCGUGGGGCGUGAGGACCUGAAGCGUCGCCUUGCCGCUGCCAUCACCCAAACACGCCUACACACACACACACAUAUGGAUGCAGGGAUGCACCGAGAAUGAAUGCACUCCCUACAGAUGCCACCACCGUCACCGUGGGUGCGUUCCGUUCCCCUCCCCCGCCUCCCCCGCCUCCCCGGCUCUUCUGUCGUGUUCACUCACCGACGAGAGGUGGAGGAUGUCCCCCAGCAGGUUCUCCAGAGGCACGGGCUCGUCAGGCUUCACUAUCGCGCCUGCAUCACACCGCAUCACAUCACAUCAUAUCACACCACACACACCCGCAACGCACCAGAAUGCUCAGCGAGACCAGACCCCCUCAUGCGUCGAUGAAUCCCCUUUGCCGCGAUCUGGGGUAUUUCGCGGUUGGGUUGUCUUACCGAAAAACAUGGUGGUGGAGUUCGCAGCGAACAGGGAAAAUUGCCCUGGA